UCCCAUCUCUAAGGUCACUUUCCUAAUUUCUGAGGCUGUGGAGACAGAUGGCUUCAGGCCCUCCAUCUUUUGUACUCUGUUAGUCAUAAAUAAAAUAUUUAUUCAGCAAAAAAAAAAAAAAAAACACUGCCUAUCUCUUACGCCAUUUCCAAGUGUUUCAAACCGGAAAUUUCAGAAAAGCUUGAAAUUGGGCUAGGAUUAGUAAUGUCAGACUAUCUCCCCGACGAAGUGGUGCUGAAAAUACUGCACAGACUUCCCGUCAAAUCCCUAAUUCGAUUCAGGUGCGUUUCUAAAUCAUGGAACUCUUUAAUUACAACCCCUUCUUUCAUCAAUUCCCACCUUUCCUACAAUUCCUCCAACUCCGACAAAUUAAUUGUUAGGCACGGCGUUGGUAAACCCUAUUUAGAGCACUACAAAUUAAUUGAAGAUAACAAUGACUCCUCAUCUGUUCAAAUUCAACACAUUGAUUUCCCACUAGCGAGUAGUCGUUUUAGGUUAAUCGGUUCCGUGAAUGGAUUGCUCUGUCUUUGUGAACUAGAGCGCUAUGUUCUUUGGAAUCCCUCUAUUAGAAAAUUUAUAACCCUUCCAAACCCUUGCAUUACUGUCAAGUCGCACGGCGAAAUUGAUCAUCGUUCAGCAUUCGGGUUUGAUCCACGGACUAAUGAUUAUAAGGUGGUGAGGAUUGUAUUUCAAGAUGGAACUAAAACGUCUGAAGCAGCCAAAAUACCUGUGGUUGAGAUUUACUCUCUUAAUGAGGGCUCUUGGAGAAUAACAAGUGCUGGCAACUCUUUUUCACCCGGGUUUAUGUUUAAUGAUGCGGGGCAACCAUCAGCUUCUUUAAAUGGGGCUGUCCAUUUUGUAGGGAUAGAUAGGGAUGAUAACUUUUGUCCAUUAGUUUUGUCAUUUGACUUGGGUGAUGAGGUUUUUCGCAUCAUACCUGUGCCAAAUGGUGCAUUCCGUCCAACUGGUUAUGUUCUUACCUCAGUAAUUGGGGGAUCGCUUUCUCUUUUAUGUCAUGAUAGUCUUAAGGACACCAAGCAGUGCUGUUCCAUUUGGGUGAUGAAAGAGUAUGGUGUUGUUGAUUCUUGGACUAAACAGCUCACUUUUGAUUUCGAAGAAGGAGUGUUAUUAGGUCUCCAGAAGAAUGGUAAUAUAUUAGUGGAGACAGAACUACCAGUACUAAUUCAUUGUGAGAUCUCUUCAUAUGAUCCUAAGAGCAAACAAAGUAAGAAUUUGGGAAUUUUUGGGAGGCCAUUCAGUUUUUGUGUUGAAAAUUAUAUGGAGAAUCUAGUCUUACUUGACAAACCAAAUGACAGUUUCCAAAGGAGAGUGAGCAGGAAGAGGAAAUACAGGUCAUGGUCCCUUCAAUUGGGCCAAAUCAGUGCUGUGAACCCUUAGGGUUGUGGCCAGGAAGGCGUCAUCCUUAGCAGGUGGCAUUGGCAGGUAAGAAAUAUAAGUUGUGGGUUUAGCACAACAAUCAUUCAGUGUGGAGCAAUUUAUAUUUUGUAACUAAUAAAUAAUAAUCUGAAAAGAUUAUAAAUUAUUGCUGAACUUGGAAAUUUUCAUAUUUGCUUCAUGUGUAUUUUAACAACUUGUUGUACUAAAAAUAAAAAAUAAAAAAAUCUGUUGUAAUCAUGUUAUCAUUUGUAUUCAUGUGUAUUUGAACAACUUGCUGUAAUCAUGUUAUUGGAAAGAAAAUAUUUGUAUUUUU